ACGUAGCUUCCGGCUUGCACUGUGUUGCUGGUUCCGCACGUGUGUCGUCCUUUCGGGAUUCGCGGGUUACAGCUGCGCCUGGUGGAUUUGUCCGGCCGGGACCACCUGCAGACUUCAGGAUGAAAGCCAGAAGAAAUAAAAAACAGGUCCCCAGCUUUCGGAAGUUGCUAAAAACUAGUAAAGUCAAACUUGAAAACAAGCUAAAAAACAAACAAUUUAAACAACAAAGCACUCUCAAGAAGUACCGAAAAGAACAGAGGAAACUAAGGCAAGCUGUAAGAGAUGCUGUGUCUAAGAAACCUGUUCCACUGGAGGACCCAAAAGAAAAACGACCAGGUAAAAGGAUUGAGAGGGAAGAGGAAGAAGAAGAGGAAGCCCUUCCUUUAGAUAUGAUGGAUGAAGAUGACUUACAGUUAAUGAAGGAUUUAGGACAAAGAGCAUCUUUUCUAACGAGAGAUCUUUCUUCUAGUGAGCCUAUUCACGCCAAGAAACGAAAGCAUGAGCGUGUUAUAGAUAAAUAUGAAAAAAUACCAAGAACCCUGCAAACUGCACCAGAGAAGGAACUGAUUCACUUGCUUCCUAUCAAAGAUAAAAGUGGUAUAAUCCCACAAACCAGGGAGAAACCAGUUAUUGACAGUAACCAAGAUGAAGAGGAUCAGGAAGAGACGGAACCUGAGGAAGAGAUCAUUGAAGAACCCAUUCGAGAGCUGACAUUAGAAGAACAUUUAAUUGAAAGGAAGAAGAAACUACAGGAGAAGAAAAUGCAUAUUGCAGCCUUGGCAUCUGCCAUAAUAUCAGAUCCAGAAAGUAAUAUUAAAAAAUUGAAAGAAUUACGUUCUAUGCUGAUGGAGCAGGAUCCUGAUGUGGCUGUUACUGUUCGAAAGCUGGUGACAGUUUCUCUGAUGGAGUUAUUUAAAGACAUUACUCCUUCGUAUAAAAUACGACCCCUAACAGAAGCAGAAAAAUCUACCAAGAUCCGCAAAGAAACUCAAAAGUUAAGAGAAUUUGAAGAAGGCCUGGUUAGCCAAUAUAAAUUUUAUUUGGAAAAUUUGGAGCAGAUGGUUAAAGACUGGAAGCAAAGGAAGCUGAAGAAAAGUAAUGUAGUUUCCUUAAAGGCAUACAAGGGCCUGGCAGAGGUGGCGGUGAAGAGCCUGUGUGAGCUGUUGGUGGCCCUGCCUCAUUUCAACUUUCACAACAACAUCAUUGUAUUGAUUGUUCCUCUCAUGAAUGACGUGUCAAAAUCGAUAUCUGAAAUGUGUUGUGAAGCAGUAAAGAAACUCUUUAAACAAGAUAAAUUAGGCCAAGCUUCCUUGGGUGUAAUUAAAGUGAUUUCUGGUUUUGUGAAGGGCAGAAAUUAUGAAGUUAGGCCAGAGAUGUUAAAAACAUUCUUGUGCCUAAGGAUCAAAGAAGUAGAAGUGAAAAAAGAUACAGAGGAUAUUAAUAAACCAAAAAAAUUCAUGACUUUCAAGGAAAAGAGAAAAAGUCUAUCAAGAAUGCAGAGAAAGUGGAAGAAAGCAGAGGAGAAACUAGAGAGAGAGCUUCGGGAGGCAGAGGCUUCAGAGAGUACUGAGAAAAAACUUAAACUGCACACGGAGACUUUGAAUAUUGUGUUUGUAACCUACUUCAGAAUAUUGAAGAAGGCCCAGAGGUCACCUCUCCUGCCAGCAGUUCUAGAAGGUCUUGCCAAGUUUGCCCAUCUUAUAAAUGUGGAGUUUUUUGAUGAUUUAUUAGUAGUUCUGCAUUCUCUCAUUGAGUCUGGUGACCUAAGCUAUCAAGAAAGUCUGCACUGUGUCCAGACCGCUUUUCAUAUUCUUUCUGGGCAAGGUGAUGUUCUGAAUAUUGAUCCAAUGAAAUUCUAUACACAUCUUUACAAAACACUGUUCAAGUUACAUGCAGGUGCUACCAAUGAAGGUGUUGAGAUUGUGCUCCAGUGCCUUGACGUCAUGUUGACUAAGCGCAGAAAGCAAGUUUCACAGCAGCGGGCCCUUGCCUUCAUCAAGCGCCUUUGUACCCUUGCUCUUCACGUUCUUCCAAAUUCAAGCAUUGGCAUUUUGGCAACUAACAGAAUAUUAAUGCAUACUUUCCCCAAAACAGAUCUGUUGCUUGACAAUGAAUCUCAGGGAAGCGGAGUUUUCCUUCCUGAGCUGGAGGAGCCCGAGUACUGCAAUGCUCAGAACACUGCUCUUUGGGAAUUGCAUGCACUGCGGCGACAUUACCAUCCCAUUGUGCAGAGAUUUGCAGCGCACCUCAUCGCUGGAGCCCCUUCUGAAGGCUCAGAAGCACUCAAACCAGAGUUGAGCCGGAGAUCCGCUGCAGAACUUUUUGAGGCUUAUAGCAUGGCAGCAAUGACAUUCAAUCCUCCUGUUGAAUCUUCAAACUCCAAAAAGAAGGAUAAAGUUUUACAGGGGGAUUCAUUUUUGCAUGAAGAUUUAAAUCAACUAGUCAAAAGACAUUGCAAUGAAGUUUCUACUCAGUUGCCUCUGGAUUUCACCAAAUAUUUGGAAACAUCACUACGGUAGUAGAAGAAUGAAGAAUCAUUGGACUUUCUUGUAUAUUUGUGUGCGUAUGCAGAUGCACAUAAAGAUAGAUUGUUAAUUUGGGAUCUUCUCCUUUUAUACAAGGGAAACUUCCCAAGAAAAUGAACAGAGGAGGAAGAAUUACCGUUUGCAUGGCACUGGGUUCUGCACCAAUUCUGAAAAUGUGCACAGGAAAAUCAAGACCCUGAGAUUGCUUUUUACCAUUCAGUUACUUUUUAUUACUAAAUACUCUUUAUAACCAGAUUAAUCUAUUUUUAUUGCAGCACCAUGAUGGAAGUGAGAAAUGUUCUAAAUUUGAAUGCAUAUAUUUUUAUGAAGAUUUUUGAGAAAAGAAAAAAAUAGCUUGAAAUUGGAAGCCAGGUUCAUUGGCUCUUACUGGAUGAUUUACUAGAAGUAACAUAAUUUGGCCUGUUUGAAAAAGAGAGUGUUCAUCAUGGCUACUUUCAAAGAAAGUUUGAAUGGGAUUCUAGUCUCUUCAAAGCUCUUCGCAUUUUCUGACACUCUCUGGAGGGUGAUGGGGGAAGAAUUGCUCCCUGGUAGAAAAACCAAGUCUGAGACCUUAACCAUUCUGUUUUAAGGAUAAAGGGUACCCAGUGUAGGGCUUUUUUUUUUUUUUUUUUUUCUUUUUGUAUGGAUGAAAUGCCUAUUAUGAAUAUAAUUAAAAAGCAGUAUUUUAUGUAAUAGCUGUUGCCAUGUUUUAGGAAUGACCUAUGAAAUAAGUGUUCUAAUGACCAGGUUGUAAAUAUUCUCUUCUGUAAAUAGUUGAGUAACACAGCGGCUUUCUUCUUUUUAUUCUUGUGACCUGAGAAUCUUAAAAAAACGCACAGCAGUCCAACUGAAUAGAUUUGUUAUUUCUUCAGAGCUAUAGUAGCCUAUUCUUUUGGUUGAGAGCUUGAAGUUUUUUCUUGUGAAGUAAAUGAAAAUAGGAAGUUCUUUUAUCAUUCCAGCGAAGUAGAGAAUAUCAGCUUUAUAUAGUGCAUGUUGAUCAUUUAGCAUAUUAUAUGUGGUUUGAAAAAGUGUUUUCUAAGGUUAGUGUUUUGGUUUGAGCUAACAAUUUAUUCAUGAUUUGUUUUUGUAUAUAGUGUUAAGAGAAUGUUCAAUUUCAGUCUUCUACAGGUGGCUGUCCAGUCUUCCCUGCACCACUUAUUGAAGAGACCGUCUUUUGACUCCAUUGUAUAUUCUUGCCUACCUUGUUGUAGAUUGACCAUAAGUGCAUGGGUUUUUUCCUGUACUUUCUGUCCUGUUCCUUGGAUCUAUUUGUCUGUUUUUGUUCCAGUACCAUACUGUUUUUGAUUACUGUAGCUUUGUAGUAUACUAUGAAGUCAGGGAUCAUGAUUCCCCUAUCUCCAUUCUCCUUCUUCAAGAAUGUUUUGGCUAUCCAGGGUCUUUUGUGUGUUUUCAUACAGAGUUUAACAUUUUUUGUUCCAGCUCUGUGAAAAGUGUCAUUGGUAACUUGAUUGGGAUUGCAUUGAAUCUGUAUUUCCCUUGGGUAGUAUGGCUGUUUUAACAAUAUUGAUUCUUCCAAUUCAAGAACAUGGUAUAUCUUCCCAUCAGUUUAUGUCCUCUUCAGUUUCUUUCAUUGGUGUCUUAUACAAGUUUUUGGAGUACAUGUCCUUUGCUUCUUUGGGUUUAUCCCUUGCUAUUUUAUUCUUUUUGGUGCAUUGGUAAAUGGUAUUGUUUCCUUAAUUUCUUUUUCUGCUAUUUUGUUGUGAGUGUAUAGAAAUGCAACUGAUUUCUAUACAUUAAUUUUGUAUCCUGAAACUUUAGCAAAUUCAUUGAUAGGCACUAGUAGUUUUCUGGUUGCUUCUUUAGGGUUUUCUAUGUAUAGUAUCAUAUCAUCUGCAAACAGUGACAGUUUUACUUCUUCUUUUCCAAUUUGGAUUCCCUUUAUUUCUUUUUCUUCUUUGAUUGCUAUGACUAGGACUUCCAAAACUACGUUGAAUAAAAGUGGCGAGCGUGGGCAUCCUUGUCUUGUUCCUGAUCUUAGAGGAAAUGCUUUUAGCUUUUCACCAUUAAGUAUCAUGUUAGCUGUAGGUUUGUCAUAUGGACUUCAUUAUGUUGAGGUAUGUUCUGUCUUUGCCCACUUUUUGGAGAGUUUUCAUCAUAAAUGGAUGUUGAAUUUUAUCAAAAGCUUUUUCUCUGUCUAUUGAGAUUAUCAGAUGGUUUUUAUUCUUCUAUUUGUUAAUGUGGUGUAUCACAUUGGUUGAUUUGGAGAUACUGAAAAAUCCUUGCAUCUCUGAGAUAAAUCUCACUUGAUCAUGGUUUAUGAUCCUUUUAGUGCAUCAUUGGAGUUGAUGUGCUAAUAUUUUGUUGAGGAUUUUUGCAUCUAUAUUCAUUAGUGAUAUUGGCCUGUAAUUUUUUUGUGAUAUCUUUAUCUGGUUUUAGUGUCAGGGUGAUGAUGGCCUCAGAGUGAGUUUGGAAGUGUUCCUUCCUCUGCAAUUUUUUGGAACAGUUUCAGAAGAGUAGGUGAUAACUCUUCUCUAAGUGUUUGGAAGAAUUCACCUGUGAAGCCAUCUAGUCCUGGACUUUUGGUUGAGUCUGGACUCCAUAUUUCCCCUAACCCGAGAAUUUAUAAAUAACUUCCUUGCUAAGCAUGACAUGAAAAGAGGCAUUCCCUCAAGAAGGCACUUUCUGCCCAAAUAAUAUUGUUACUUCCUACAGAUUUAUCUUCAGACUGAUCCUUGAUUCCUUCACACCCUUAUAUAAUCUUGUAUUAGUUUGCAAAACAACCAAUUCCAGUUGAGGUGACUGAGAGGAACUUAAUCUGUUUUUUCUAGCGUCACAUAUCACACUGGAUUCUUACUGUAAUCCUUCUUUGCCAGAUAUCAUCUUAAAAGUUGGCACCACCUAACAGUGACAGAAUUCACAUUCCUUUUUGUUUUUAGUGAAGCGUCUUAAAAUGUUUUUCCUCAAUAUCUUGUAAUAAGUGCAGCUUGCAUAUUUAGAUUUUUUUUUUUCCCAUAUCAACUUUACUGAUGAAAGUUUGCUACCUAGGUGUUUAGUAGUCUGAAACAUGAAGUGGUAGUGUGUAUGGUCUGGGUGGCUGUUUUAGAUACAGUCUAAACAAUAGGAUCAUUUCUUUCAUUUGCUGUACUAACAUAGCUGUAUAGUUCAGAGAAGCUCUAAAUCAGAAUUUCCUACUUUCGGCAAACACCAGAUUGUGCUGGUUAUUUGUAAUAGUAGAGUAAACCCUUUACACUUUGAGCAGUGUGUCCUUCCUAAAAUCCUAAAGACGCAAAUACAAUAGAGUAUGUGCUUUCCCCUCACAGUGGAAUGAACAGCCAGGUAGGUUACAACCUGGGCAGUAGACUGGCUUCACUCACCUGCUAAAACCUCGUCUCCUAUUCAGUGUUAAGGUACCUUAAGUUUCAGAUUUUGUGCUGUAGCAGAAUCAACUGUGGUAAGGGCCAUGGGGUGAGAUGGGACGGGGCAGAUCUUAGAGUCAAGGCCAAGUGAUAAACCUAGUGAGACCAGUCUUGCUUUUCAUCUGGUUACUCUGCACAGUUCUCAUCUUGACUCUAGCCAGUUAUACCAGUAACUUAGUUUUUAUUAUAUGGUAAGCCCAACCAGAGGAAAAAAUGCCUGUUAGCUUUGAGAAGCUUCCCUUAAGUGUUUCUAGAGUAUUUUUAAAACUGAGGCAGCAUUGUGCAUUUGUUGUUGCGUUUGUUGAUUUAAAAAGGAACCUGGAGCACUAUACAAAUGACAUCAAACUGGAAUAUCCUGAAUUGUGUUGACAAGCAAAUGGUAGUUCUUCUAGCAUUAAGGCUUUGAGUCAGUAAGAACUUCCAACAACAUGAAAGCUAUGUCAUGUGUUUUUAACAUUUCUCUUAGAGUAUGCAAAGACCUUGGCAAAUGCUUUAUUCAUUUUUAUGGUGAAAAACUCAAAGCAAAGGUUAGGAUUUUUGGUGUGUUUUAUAAUUUGAAGAAAAAUGUCUUAAAUUUUAAUGUCAAUAGAUAAAACUCGGAUUUUACUUUAGAGGAACACACAUUUCAUUUUAAAAGUCGUAAUUUGUCUCAUACCAAGAAUAAGAAGAAUCCUUUACACUUACAUGAUAGUUUUAUACAGCAAGGCUUUUAAAUUAAUUUACAUUAAAUGGCAAGUUUGACUUGGAGCAAUAGCUCUUCACUAUAAUGAAAGUGAAGCUUGUUUACAGAAAUUCUGGCCUAUUUCAGCUGUUCAGAGCGUACAUUUACUUUUUAGGAGAUUUGUCUUCAAAUAGUGAGAUAGAGCCACUGAUGCUUCUAAUCCAUAGGCAAUAUCAAGAAAGCUAUGAAUAAUAAAUACGCAAGUACAGUGUCAGUACAAACCUUGCAAAAUAAAUAAACACCAACUCAAUCUACUUUUGCUUUAAAAAUAUGGUUACAUUUCUUUUUAAGAUGACACAACUCAGUAGGUAUUAAAUUACACAUUAUUCUAAAUUCACUUUGUGGAAACCCAAAGUGGAACAGUCUGUGACUAUAUAAGGAAUAAACUUAAAAAAAACCAGCAUCAUUCUACAUGUAAAAAAAAAAUCCUACAGAAAAGUACACUAUGGUACACAAUAUAGAAACUAAACUGAAUUACUUUUUAAUGAAUCUUACAGGACAUAUUUACAUUUGCAAUGCCCCAAAGCUUCCAACUCCCACCCAUGAAAUGUAUGACUGAACUAGCUUGCUUGUUUUCAGAUCUCUGUGCCUCUUUUCCCAGUUAGAAAACUUCUAAGUCAGGUCAGCAAACUAGGGCCCUGGGGCCAAAUCCAGCUUACCACCUGUUUUUGUGUGGAAAAAAAAGGACUAUGACGUGAAAACUAUAUGAAAUUCCGCUUUCAGUGUCUAAAUAGCUUUAUUAGAGCACCGCUCCGCUCAGUCACGUGUGUGUGACGGGCGGCGCUUCCGCUCUGAAGCAGCUGAGCCGAGUAGCUGCAAGAGACUGUGUAGCCAUAAAGCCUAGGAUGUUUACUGUCUAGCCCUUUACUACGUUUGCUGACCUUUGUUCUAAGUCAAUUAUUGCAAGCUUAGCGAUGGUUUUUCCAACUGUUGGCGUGGGUAACCAGGCUGGGCCUCCCUGUGUCACUCCUCAGGAGACUGGUUGGUAGCCCUGUGCCAUUCUGCUUGACCUCAAGGUGGACCUCACGUCAAGUGUGAAGAAGGCGUCAGAAAGUUCAGAAGUCAAUUUCCAGUUUUAAGUCUAGUGAAAAAAAAAGGAAAUUAAUUUGUUUCCACCAUGUUCGUUCCUGACUUUAACUUCUUGCCGAUAGUGCUUCACCUGUAAGGUUGUACACAUAGGCUUGUUAGUCUACUUAAAAGUGAAGGAGCAGAAACAGUCACAGUGUAGCAAGGGUUUCGUGUUGUUCAGCCAACAGAAACCCACAGCCCUGGCGGCCAGGUUUGGGGGAGAGACUAGUUCCUAUAAAUCCAGUGUUAUAACGCAAUGUUCCUGGGAGGUGGAACAUAAGGCUAUUUCAGCCCCAGAACACCACGUUCUUUAGAAAAGUUUUUUUUUUUUUUUAACCACAAUUAAACUGUUCAACUUUUUUAAAAAAAAGUGGAACUCUCAACUAGUUACUUAUAUUACUUCAGAUAAGAGGUAAAUAAUUUCUUCUUUAGAAAUUCUUAGAUUAUUAUUAGGGGGUAACUUCAAACUUUAGAGGCAAAUAUUUCAGAAUAGAUAAUAUGAACUACUAACGUCACUCAGAAAGUAGUAAAAAUACUAAACUUGUUUUCUUAUGAGCAUAUACAGAAAGGCCUUUUAUAUUCACAGUGCUCUUUUUUGGAAACACCCUUUGUGAAGUUAAUAACAUGGGAUGUAUAGUCCCUUAGAUGCAGCAAUGGCUAUUUUUAUUAUUUUAUCAGUGGCUAUGAAAUAUAAUUGAUUAACAAUGUAUUAAUUUCUGAUGUUAGCAUAGUGAUAAGUGUGUGUGUGUGUAUAUUCCUUUUCAUAUUCUUUAUUAUUAUAAGCUAUUACAAGGUACUGAAUAUAGUUCCCUGUGCUAUACUGUCAGACCUUGUUUAAAUAUAGUAGUUAGUAUCUGCAAAUCCCUAACUCCCAAUUCAUCCCUCCCCACUGUCUUUCCCCACUGGAAACCAUAAGUUUGUUUCCUGUGUCUGUGAGUCUGUCUCUGUUGGUAAAUAAGAUCGUGUCUUUUUUUUUUUUUUUUGAUUCCUCAGUGGCUAUUUUAAAGAGAAGCUUUCCUAAGUUUAAGGAAAGAUGUGAGUCUAACUCUGAAUGUCUGCUGCUGUAGGAAAAUUGAAUCCAAAGACAAUCAUCUAAAUCAUCACUCUCCCUACUCUCCUAAAAUAUAAGCAAUUAGUAAUGCUCAUCGUAGCAAGCAUAUUACUUUUAAGUCAAAUUGCUAGCGGAGUUGUAUUCUUAUGUACUUAAUCUUCUAGCACUCUAAAGGCUCCUUAUGUGCAGAGUAUGGUUUCACUCUGUUAUUACGGAGGUUAUAAUACAGAGGUGUGUAUAACAUUAUCACACCUAUGAUUUAUCUGAUGCUAAGUUCUUGUUAUGGAAAACAGUAUUUUAAAUUUUGAUCACUGUCCUUAGGGCAUGCUCACAGACCCAUUACUGUGGUGAGUCAUUUUUCCAAAAGUUGGAGAGGCUUGACGUGGUGCUUAGCCCUAAAGCUCACUUGGCUUUUGGAGAAGGCGUUGACUGUCCCAGUGACACUGGGGCAGAAAUGGAAGUGAGUCUGGAACUUUAUAAAUGGGACACCAGAUGUACUGCAACAGGAAAUGGGUGCUGAGCCUUCUGAGAGUCUGAACAGCCCAGGCCUUCACUAUUCUGUGCAUAUUCACGAUUAUCUGAUGCUAUGUAAUGUGGUUUGCUGCCACAGUGCCGAGAUUUCUUCCUGGUAAGUCUGCAUAGAGAACCUGAACAACCCUGACUCUUCUUGACCUGAAUAGUUGGAUGUGCAGAUGUUCUGAAGGAGGUGGUGUCCUGUAUUUGGCCUUGUCUGUGUUGAAAGAGCUUUCUUUGUAAGUACAGAUGGGGCACCAAUUGUUUUAGGAGUUGCUCCUUAAAAGUAGAAACAUGGGCUCAAUAUAUAGGGCCUUCUUUGGGGCUGUUAUAAAGCAAACUUAGGCCUGUCAAGAGGCAUCCAUGAAUUCUUUAAUUAUGAGCUUCCAUAAUUUUAUAUAAGAAAUAUCUGCUUGUGAUAAAGUCAAGAUGAUGAAACUCCACGGUAUAACAAUGACUUUACCAUGCUUUUGGUCUCUUGUGAAUUUUAAUUUUUGAAACUGUGAUGAAACAGGUGAAAAGAGGGCUUUAAUCCUCCCUUGGGUUCAUUAAGAAACUCAGUGAGUGAAAAAUCUAUGGUUUGUUCUCUUCAGAUGCUUUUUUUUUUUUAAUUCAGGUUCCAUAUAAAAUGUUUAAGACAGAAUGAAACUCAUUCAGUAUGUGAAUACCAAGUAGUGAGUUGGUGACCAAAGGCAUGAUUUACUGCAGGCUGUUAUGUCAUUUUGCUUUCUUUUUAAUCAUCACAUCCUGGAUGCCAGAUUUUUACUUUUUAAUUGAGGCAGAAGUUGAAGUUGCUGAGGCUAAAUCAAACCUAAAUUAGAACAUCAAAUUGAAAAUCCAAAGGAGUAGAAGCUGAAUGACCCAGAGCAGUCCUUCAAGAAUGUUAACAUGAGUUACCAGGAACUAAGACAGUUCUGUGUCUCAUGAACUAAAGCAGCUGUAGUUUGGGCAAGUCUGUUACCCUCUUGGGGCCUUUAGUCAUCUACAAAAUAAGGAUAUCUAAAAUUGAAGUGCUGAAGUUAUGUGUAUCUUCAGAGCCCUUUUCCUGGAGGGUACCAUUCCUGCCUGCCUCAGGGGACAUCCUCCUCUUGGAAAAGAUUAAAAGGUACUGCAAACUAUGCCUUAAAAAGUGGCAUAAGCUGACCCCCAUUUCCGAGCUGUGCAGUGACUCAAUAUACCUGGGUGAAACGUGCUACCCUCGCUCACUGUCGAUAGUCCAUCGCGUCACCAGAGGACAAGCUGCUCACAGGUUUCUCCUCCUUGUUUUGGACAUUUUCUGAGGCCAAGACCUGAGAAGGUGAUGUGAGUCCUCGGGGCUGUUUUGUUGACUUGGUGAGCUUCUUGAGUUCACUUGCAAAAGAGAUGCCUUUUCUUUUGUCUUCUCGGGAUGCCUGUGGAAAAAAAGAACUUGCCAUUGAUAUUAAGUUAAACCAGGCUCCUCAAUCACAUGACACUGUAUCCAGAAAAGAGCCCUCUCUUUUCUCUCUAGUGAGAACUUUGGAAAGAAAGGCCGAGGGACUCGCAUCUCCAGACUGCUUAAGCACAGAGGGAAUGUGUUUCUUUUCACACAGUGAAAACAGAGCCAAACAAUAUGCCUCCGACUUCUUUCCUUUCUAAAAAAUUUUUUUUAAAUUUAUUAUUCUUAUUAUUUUGUUUAUUUUUUAUUGAAGUGUAGUUGAUUUAUAAUGUGUGUUUCAGAUGUACAUCCAGCAAAGUGAUUCAGUUAAAUGUACACAUAUUUUCUUUUCAGAUUCUUUUGUUAAGUUUCUUUUUUUAAUUUUUACUAAAAAAUGUUUUUAUUGAAGUAUAGUCAAUUUACAAUGUGUCAACUUCUGGUGUACAGCAUGUUUCAGUCAUACAUAUAUAUACAUAUGUUUGUUUUCACAAUUUUUUCAUUAUAGGUUACUAUAAGAUAUUGACUAUAGUUCUCUGUGCUAUACAGUAUAAACUUGUUUAUCUAUUUUGUAUAUAGUAGUUAGUAUUUGCAAAUCUCGAGUUCCCAAUUUAUCCCUUCCCACCUCCUACCCUUCUGGUAACCAUAAAAAUUUUUUUCUAUGUCUGUGAGUCUAUUA